AUGACGACGCGCCUUUCCUCUCUACUCGUAUCCAGCCAGGGAACAUUGGAUGCGAGUCGUGUGGAACUAGUUGGAGGAACAGACGAAGAAACUCCAGUCCAUACGAUAUUCCUCCAAGAAUCCGAACUCGACAUGCAAAGCUUUCCUGGUGUUGCGGAGUAUUUUAUUACCUUUGCUGAUGAGAAAUCGGGGAAGAGGUCCCACGAAUUAGAUAAAUCUUAUCCGCUGAGUGUACAAGGUGGGAAGACAGAUGGUGAUAGACUUAGCUACAACGAUUCCAGAGGCUUUCCGCUCUAUGAUUUGGCAAACACAAAUCGUUCGGGAAUCGUUACAGCGACCUCGAUAUCCACAGCCGUGGAUGCUUCGAUGAAGACAAUCUUAGGCAAUUCUGGUAUCGUUACGGAAAGCCCAGAAAUUAUGGAGAGUGGAGAGCCAAGAGAAAACGGGUUGGUCAUGGGACGUCUGUUUAGAGUUGUGGUCAGUUCUUAUGGGGAUGAUCACAACUAUGCAUAUAAAUUCUUCAGUCAGCUAGCACACAAAGCUCCGAACAAUGAAAUCACGGAUUUAUAUCUCAGUCAUCACAAUCGCAUAGGAUUGAAGAGUAACAAAUUCAAAGAGGCAUUAUAG